CGGCGUAGUUUUCACCGUCUCAGCCGCAGCGCAACAGGUAUUCGACACCGGUGGGUUGCUGUUCUUCGCGCAGUCCGAAAAGUAAUGCCGAACGCACCGACACCUGCCUCGACUGGAUGACAGUGACUCCUCCGCUCACAGACCAUGGACGUACACAGUUUUGGUGUGGAGCCCAUCAGCUGCCAUGCAUGGAACGAGAAUCGCACAGAGGUGGCACUGUGUCCCAACAGCACGGACGUGCAGCUGUACAAGCGGGAAGCGAACGGAGGGUGGUCUCUGGGUCAGACGCUCAGCCGGCAUGACCUGCGAGUGACCAGCAUCGACUGGGCACCGCAGAGUAACCGCAUUGUGACCUGCGCUGCUGACCGCAACGCGUACGUCUGGACCCUGGGCUCUGAGGAACCCGGCACCAAUGCCACCGUGUGGACCCCUACCUUGGUGCUGCUGCGGAUAAACCGUGCUGCCACAUGCGUCCGGUGGUCUCCCAGCGAAAACAAGUUUGCGGUGGGUUCUGGUGCCAAGCUAGUGUCGGUGUGCUACUUUGAGGAAGACCACAACUGGUGGGUGAGCAAGCACAUCAAGAAGCCCAUCAAGUCAACUGUUACCUCGGUCGACUGGCACCCCAACAACUGCCUGCUGGCCUGUGGCUCCACGGACUUCCGCACCAGGGUGUUCUCUGCGUACAUCAAGGAGGUGGACAGUGCUCCCGAGCCAACACCCUGGGGGGACAAGACUGCCUCAUUCGGGAGUCUAGUGGCCGAACUGUCUGCCAGUGGCAUCGGCUGGGUGCACUCGGUGUGUUUCUCGGGAGACGGCACCCGGCUGGCCUGGGUGGGCCACGACUCGAGCAUAUGUGUCGCGGAUGCCCAACAGGGACAGGCGAUCACUUUUGUGCGCACGCGGUACCUGCCGUUUCUGUCUUGCCUCUGGAUAUCCCCGACAAGGUUGCUGGUUUCUGGCUACGACUGCUGCCCCAUGGUGUACGAGUACAGCAAGGACCAGAUAACCUUUGUCGACAAGCUCGACAAGUCGCAGCGCAAGGAGGUGGAUGGCGUCAGUGCCAUGCGCAAGUUCCUCAACAUGGACAAGCAUGCAAUGGAGAGCCGGGGUGACACCCUUCUGGACACGGCGCACCAAAAUGCCAUCACCCUAGUGACCCUGGUGCAGGGAAAGCGGGACAACGCAUCGCGCGUCUGCUCCCAAGGCAUGGAUGGAAGACUCAUAUUGUGGGACAUCAAGCAGACGCUGCAGUCCUCAAUGGCAGGCAUGCGCAUAGUCUGACCUCCGGUCGUCGCAGUAGUCGACCUAGGGUGUGGCUGGAGCGAGCCACUCUACCCGUCUAACGUUGGCAAAGGACAAAAAGCGUGCGCAUGAACCUGCCGCCACAAGAGGACGGACAAUGACUCCCUUACGGUCCGCAACAGUGUCUUCCACGCGGACGACGAGCCAAACCAGACGACAGCUUCCAUGCCGACAUGCUGCUGCCCAAGGCAAUCGGGAAGGGCUGUGUUGAUUUUUUUUAUAUAUAUAUGUCAAUAACUUAAUGCGAGCAUUGUUUUUCGAAUCAAUUGUUUCUGCUGCUGGUGACUGUCCGAGUAUCUUUUGUUCUUAUUUGCCCUUUCUGUACUUUUUUUCCUCCCCCCUCGCUGUGUACAGUGACUUUAAACGCUCAUUAAUCCAACUAUUUUCUCUGCCGUCUUCGUGGCUUUUAGGAGUUGAUUAAUACAAAUUGUCGUGAAAAGCACUCAUUUUACGACCCUCAAAUACCAGCAUAGUAAAGCCUAUUGCAAGAAAAGCGUGAAAAGUGCACCAGUGCAUCUUUUUUUCUUGGUACUUGUGUAAGUCGAACUUUCAUAUGUUGAAUAAUGUAGUUGCCAGCGCCACAUGGAUUAAAGAAUUGAAUGUUGUUAAAGCAAAGAAAAAAGAAUACAAGAUAUUGUUUACAGGCUCAGAUUUGAGUACUGCUGGUGUUGCAAGAGUAUUUUAUAAAAGCUGUGUUGCAACUUGGCUAUUCUCUAUACACGACAUAGAUGCUGAAGCUACAUUGUUGGCCUAGGUGAAUCCUGGCAAAUGUUUUCACCGGCACCUAGUAGUUUCGAAAAGCUUUUACGUUUCUGUGAUUACCGAAAUGAUAUCAUUGCUGAAGCUUUGUAGAAAUGGGAGUGUUUGCCGCAGCCUCUGGGAAAAGCCCACUGGAGCCAACUCUGAAUGCGACAAGAUUGCCAAGAAAUGCAGUGCUGCGUGACAUGAGUGGACAUCAUUUUAACAUGCACACUGUUUUUCAAGCCUUCGAUUGAACUUUAUUACGGCAAUGCCAAUUCACCCUUCCAAUAUAUCAGAGUAAAUUAGUACACUCGGCAAAGUUACGGUAAUAUAGCAAUCUCUAUUGGCCGGUAGUCACAGUGGUACUCUGCCUAUGUUAUCAAUAGGAGAAACCAUAUCCAAACAGGGAUUAUGAUAAAGAAAAUGAAGAAUAAGCGAUCAUUACUACGUAUACACCAGCCCACCACAAGUUUUUCCCGGUGCAAGCAAAGCCCACUUGCUACAAAUUAUUGACAUCGUGACAUAUGCUUGAGCUGUCGCUACUUUUGCUUUAAAUCUGUGUACAGAAGCAGAUAGCUCAAGUUACUCUGGAUUUAUGAUGCGAGUGGUGUUCAGAAGCAGAUAGCUCAAGUUACUCUGGAUUUAUGAUGCGAAUGGUGUUCAGUCGGGUCAACCAUUUGGAUUCAUUAAACUGAUUCAAAGGUUGCGAUAAGGGUGAAAUAGGCUAUUGUCGGGUUUCUUUCUUCCAGUCAUUCCUUAUUUAUCGUAAAGAAGGUUGUGCGAGUGUUCUCCCGAGGCUAGCUUCUUGUCUGGUGUUGCUGCUCAUGCCUGCAGGUAUUGCCAUCUUUGGCUUUCUAUGGCUGAAAAACGGGCUCACAUUUUGGCGCAAUGUAGUUGCACUAAUAUCUAUUUUGAUUGUGACAGUGUAAUUAGGAGAUAUACCAGUCAUCUAAAACAUCAUGGACUUAGUGGUUAGGCACCUCCCUAAAUUUUGAAGCUGAUGUUGUUGCAAUCUUUCUUUGUAUUUGUUUUUAUACAUAAAUCCAAAACCACAACACACAAACAGUUUCUCUCUCGCUGUUGGUUUUACAUGUAUUAAUUGUUGUAAAAACCACGUUGUAAUCAGUGAGCAGUGUCUCAGAAGGAGAUGUUAUUUAUAUUUGUGCGCAUUAGAAUUGCAACGACUUAGAUGUAUACACAUAGUUUACUGCUAGAAAAUAAAAGCUGUAUGUCAGAAAAAUAGUCAUCUAAAGCUAUCAAUGAAGACCAAAUAUUUGCUGAUGCCUGGUGAACCUACAUGCAAAUCACCAUCAGAUUUCACGAAAGCAGUAAACUGUCCCACUGUAUAUGUUUUAAUAGCCUGAAGAAGUUUUGCAUCACAAUUCGGGACCAGCAGAACGGAAGCCUGUGAGAUUGAGCCACAUGUGGAGCAACCAUGUACCAAAAUUACCGUUCAAGACUUUCCUCUAUGGGUAGGCCACACAUGCCUUGGAAACUGUAAAAGAAAAUGUGGAUUUUCUCAGCUUUCAAGUUUCCAUCUUGUUGAACUUGGCAUCUGAAUGUAACAAGCUCACCUUUGCAAUGUUCGGGGUACUGAUACAAAUUUCUCGAGCUGAGCUUACCUCACCGCACAAACCUCCAGUAUAGAGACUAGCUUUGAGCAAGUGUAAAGCUCAGUAAAUGCCAAUUAGGUAUUCUAUUUUGUCAUGUCACAAGUGAAAUGUGAAGCCGUGUCACUGCAGCAUGGGUACCUUUGUCGAAGUUUUAUUUUUCGUAGUUAGCGUAUUUCUCGAAGUGUGCUCAAUAUUUAGACUAGGGCUGUGUUUAGGGAAUGUUAGCUGGCACACCAAGACAUACGAGGGCAGAAUUAUUGCUAGCUGUUGAUGGUGUGUUAUUUGCAGCAACACCAGCAUGUGUUUUACAAAGCCGCUGUAGUGUUUCAAGCAGAAGUGUGCACACACUGACUGAUCUCUCUAUGUGAGUGUAUCAUCUGAGCUAUAUUUGAUAGGUUUGUUGCAUUAUCAGUGGUUGAGAGUUUGCUUUUACAACACAAAGUGUACGUCAGGGUGGAAGCUGUUCUGUGACUGCGCAGUGCGUAGCAGAUGGUGUUUGCCUGGCUAACAUUUAAUCAAAUUGUGGCAUUUUUCUUGCCCAUGAUAGACACUUGAGAUGACUACAGCUCUUCUGGCACUGGAGCAUUGUCAGCAAUACCCUUGUCUCUUUCAUCGUUUUGUUGUGUACCGCAGUUUAUGGCUGCAUUCUUGAAUUUUGCAUAUGGUCCAUGGUUUAUGCAGAGCUUUGGCUUCGGAGAGUUGGUUUGUGGUUGAAUUUAUGGACAAGAAAAAUUAAAAAAUGUGCAUUCUCUAGAGACUCGGAGCCCCACUGCCCUCCUCCCCUCCUCACGCCACAUCAUUUAGUUUGUGGAUAUGAGAAAGGGCAGGCAUUUAAGAUUGCGAAGUAGAGUGGAAAAUAAAUUACCAUAAUUUCUGUCGGUGAACUUAAUGGUAUUUGCAGGGGGGGGGGGGGGGUCUGUUUCUCUAUCGCUGUAGACAUUCCGAAUCAGUGGUACAUGUGUAUGCGCUUGCAGUAAAAAAGCUAUUUGCUAAUAUUUAUGGCUAAAGUGCUAUUGUAAUGGUUUGUUUGAAGGAAAGGCAGUUCAGGAAGCACACUGUAGCAGUUGCAAGGUAAUCACUUGAGCGAGAUAGUGAAAAUAAAACGUGCUAGCUUCUUCAGCCAAUAAACUAGUAAAUGCUGGUAAGCUGUUGAAGGCUGACUGCCAGGGAAACGUGUGCUGCAAUUUUCGUUUGUCAAUGCUUCGCAUGUUUGUCUGAAUGAAACAGUUGUUGAUAGUGUCGCUGAGCCUUGGCCUGACUUGCUGGGGAAAAAGCAGUGUAACUGCUUAAUUUAUUCUUGUAGGUGUUCUGCAUCUGCUAUUCCUUUGUGCACUGUUUAAAAACUGCAUUACGGAUAUUUCAACGAUCGUGUCUCUAUGCUGGGAGCCCUGGUCUCGAGGUUGUAAGAUAAUGACAAAUAAAUGACACAUGCCUUUCUUCUCUGGGUUCUUCUGAGAAUGGGUGGGACACUAAAUUCAGAUAGAUUGAAAGUUUAGGCUUGUGUAUUAAUAAAAUCACCAUUGCUGGCAA